GACCCGUCACAAUGCUCCGGUUAUUCUCCCGCCAGAAAAACCAAAUUCUCUCACUCUCCGCCACGCGCCACCACCUCUUUUCUACCGCCGCCGCCGCUUCUUCAAAUCUCUAUUCAAAAUAUUCCUUCGUACCUCCGCCGUCCCUUAAACCCCUAAACCCUGGUUCCACUCAGUUACCACCCAAGAAGCAGCCCAAACCCCGGUACCGUCCGCCGUCGUCACUGGACCGGACUGGUGAGAAACCGCUUCAGUCCAAAUUGCCCUUCGACUUCCGCUUCAGUUACACUGAGAGCAGUCCGGAUGUGCGGCCCAUUGGGCUUCGCGAGCCCAAGUACUCACCUUUUGGGCCUGGGAAGUUGGAUAGAGUGUGGACUGGAGUGUGUGCACCUGUGGUUGACCCAAAAGUGGGGUCACCGGAAGAUGAGAAAACCGUGGAAGAGAAGAGAAGAGUGGCGAGAGACAGAAUUCAAGGAGAACCUUUAACGAAUGCGGAGAGGAAAGCUCUUGUGGAAAGGUGUCAGAGGCAUAAAACCAAGCGGCAAGUCAAUUUGGGACGAGAUGGUUUAACACAUAACAUGUUGAAUGAUAUUCAUAAUAACUGGAAACAUUCUGAAGCUGUAAGAAUAAAAUGUAUGGGUGUGCCUACAGUUGAUAUGAAGAAUGUUUGCACUCAGCUGGAGGAUAAGACUUUUGGUAAAAUCAUCCACAGACAUGGUGGUUUACUUGUGCUCUAUAGAGGAAGAAAUUAUCAUCCCAAGAAGAGACCUGUUAUCCCCUUAAUGCUCUGGAAGCCUCACGAACCUGUAUAUCCCAGGCUUAUAAAAACUACUAUCGAUGGCUUGAGUAUCGAGGAAACUAAAGAGAUGAGAAAAAGAGGAUUAGCUGUUCCUGCAUUAACAAAACUAGCCAAAAAUGGUUACUAUGGAAGUCUUGUACCGAUGGUACGAGAUGCUUUUCUCAGUGAGGAGCUGGUUCGGAUUGAUUGUAAAGGCCUUCAAAAGAGUGAUUACAAGAAAAUAGGCUGCAAACUGAGGGAUUUGGUUCCUUGUAUACUCGUGACAUUCGAUAAAGAGCAGAUUGUGGUAUGGAGGGGUCAAAACUACAAGCCUUCUGAGGAUGGGUUCUUCCUUACAGAAAGAGAACCAUUUGAUCAUUCCAGUAAUGAUCCGGAUGAUCAUGAAGUUGAAAACCAAGACGGAGAAGAAAGUACAGGCAACAAUGAUUAUUAUUCUGGCGACAGUGAUUAGAUCAUUUUUUGAUAAAUAUUUUUGGGCUUCAAGCGGGGUUAUAGUUAUCGCAAGUCAAGCCGAGGGAAAAAUAUCAAUACAGAAUACGUCAACCAAAUACAACCUAAAUGGUUAGGUAUAUGUUGUGUCUCCUUUCUUGUCUGAAGAUUACCUGACUUGAUGGGAGUAUUAUUUAUUUACAGAAAAAGCUUGGAGAAGAAUGAAGGUAGCUGUCAUUUGUUGUAUAGAUAGAUAGAUAGGACGUGUCUCAACUGUUGGCUGUUCCAAUAUAUUGAUUGAUUUGCUGGGAGUGAAGAAUAUCACGUGCUUGCUGAUUAUUUAAGUCCCAACCUGUUACCAACUUAGGUGAGAAAUUUCUGGUGCAGUAUUAAACUAUCCUGACAAAUGCUGUUUGUGAAUCUCAAUGCAAACAGAUCCCAAAAUCACUUGUUUAUUUUCCACGCCUGAUCCCAACCAAAUCAUGUUUAAGUGAAUAAAUUAUGUAAGUGAUCAAUUAAAAAGUUCAGUUGCA